UGGCGCUUCGUCAUCGUCGUCGCCGUCGUCGCGUCGUUGGCGACGAUGCUCCGGUUUUAGUAGUAGCGUCGCGACGCCCCAGGUCGGCCGGUCCACUCGCGCGUUCGCGCGCGUAAACGUGCGAAGCGACGCGAUGCAAGGCGGCGGCGCGUCCGAGACCGCGCGGCAGAUCGUCGAGUUCGAGGAGUUGGUGUCGCGGUUGGAUCGCAUUAACGACGUCGUGAUUCGGCGACCAUCGACAACGACGACGACGACGACGUCGACGUCGGUGCCGCCGCCGUCGCCGCCGACCCGAGCGUCGUUGCAUCUCGCCGGCGCGGCAUCGUCUCUGCCUUACGACCGUCCCGUCGCGGAUGCAACUCGCUCGCCCGUCGGCGACGAGGAGCAACGGGUGCGCGUGCACCUCGGCAUCGACGAGGAUCUGCGGAUGAUCCUCGAGAUGGACCCGUCGAUCGUCGACGGGACGCUCGGCCCCACCUUGCCCGAUCGCUAUCCUACCGUGGCACGGUCGUUGCGCGCCACGCGACCGCAAGGCUGUCCGCCGACGUUCAAAACAGCGACGCCGACGUCGCGCACGCAAUUGAAGCUGCAGCUGAUGCGAGAGCAGCUGCAGGAGCAGGAGAGGCGGCAGGCGGAAUUCCGGCAGAGCUUGCAGCAGCAGAGGCCAGCUGCCGCACCGCCCAGACCAGUGCCGCCUACGCCGUUGCCCACUAUCGGCGUGGAUGUUCCACCGCAAGUAUUACAAGUGCGCACGCUGCUGGAGAACCCGACUCGCUAUCACGUCGUGCAAAAGCAGAAGAACCAGGUGCGCCAAUACCUGCACGAGUCAUUUCGCGGCGGCGAGGGCGACGGCGGUAGCAGCGGAGGCGGAGGCGGUACCGGCAAUGCGGUCGUCAGCGGCAGCGCCGGUAGCGAGGGCGGCGGCAGGACGCCGGUCGACGCCGGGCCGCCACCCGUCCCGAUGGUGGUGCAAAGUGCACCGCCCGGCCCGCAGCUGCAUCACCCGAAGCCGCAGCAUCCUCAUCUCGCCUCGUAUCCGCACGCCCCUGCACUGCUGCCGCAUCACCCAGGUAACCCGACGGUGGUCUCGGCGAGCCCGGACCCUACUACCACCGGCACCAUGUCCCCGGGUCUGUCCAGCGUCGCCACCAGCAACUCCGAGGCUGAGGACCUCCUGGACGACAUCCUGUCGUUCGAGGCUGGUUCCUUGGGCGACGGACUGAAGGACGGCCAAGCCGGAAGUCUCACGAAUAUACCGGAGCUUCAAAUUAAACCGGAACCUCUCUUACUCACCGAGGCAGAGAUUCAUGCUCUCGCUAAAGAUCGGCAGAAAAAGGACAACCACAAUAUGAUUGAACGACGGCGGCGUUUCAACAUCAACGACAGGAUCAAGGAGCUCGGCACUCUCCUGCCCAAGACCAAUGACCCGUAUUACGAGAUCGUGAGGGACGUCAGGCCGAACAAGGGCACGAUUCUCAAGUCUUCGGUGGAGUACAUAAAAUUGUUGAAGAAUGAGCUCACGAGGAUGAAGCAGAGCGAGCUCAGGCACAAACAGUUGGAGCAUCAGAAUCGCAGGUUGCUGCUGCGCGUGCAGGAGCUCGAGCUGCAGGCGAAGGCGCACGGUCUUCCGGUGGCCGACUUCAACUGGGCGUCCACUUCCGCCAUGCUCAACACCUUCUCGAGGAGUAAACUCGAGCAUCGAAAGAUACCGGAUCUGGCGGUGACGGAGGAGGCGACGAGUCUGAGCAUGUCGCAUCUCGAGGACCUCAUGGAGGACGACACCGGCGGUCCCGUGCACGGCGGCGACCCGAUGCUGUCGUCGCCGCACCUGCCACCGUUGAGCCCACCUGCGACUGGCUGUCACCACGGCUUAACCGACGAGGACACCCUCGGCAGCCUUGCGGUGACCACGUCGAACUCCUCGUCCGACAUGGACAUCGUCGCGUAGUAGAAAACCACCGUCGUCCAUUAGGUUCGCGCGUGAUCGGAGUUGACUCCCGAAACUUGGUCGCGUUAGAUAUUUUCCGGUGGCCGCUCGACCGGGGUGAUCGAUUUAGAUUUGCGCGGGGCAGCGGGGAAGAAGGAGAGAAAUGGUACGGGACGUUGCCGUGAUGUGCCAAGUGCGACUUAAAGCCAGCAGGCUGCUGCGACAUCGUAGAUUCUCAUCGUGGGAGGACGGCAGGGGAAUUCGCUCGGCGCCAAUUGGAUUUUAUUGAAGUCACUCUGAUGCGGAUUUAUCUAAAACUAGUCAUCGACUUGCGGUCGGGGAAGGAGGAUCGGCAGGCGAAAUGAAGAAGGAUACGCGCGGGCCGUAUGUUGCUUGCCGCGGAGAGGAUUAAAGGAGAUCGCUCUGGCAACCGCGAUCGAUCCGUUAAGCAAACGAUAACGCUCCAAGGGCAGUCGCUAUAUCAGAUACAGUGGAUUUUUGCGAGAGAAAUAUCGGUGAUCCUUAACAAUUCCGACGACUUGGUCCAAUAUAAAUAAAGAUUAUUCUAUAGGCGAACAAGAAGACUGGAAACCACGGUUUAAAUGUUCCCAUGGGGAUAUCACAAUGGCCGGCAGACCUUCGAAUCACGAAUAUAUACUCAUCGGACCUUACAGACCUGCCAAUUAUCACCCCAGUGGUCCCCAUAAUCAUCAAAAUAUACUUAGCGAUUAUUGUUGCGACAUAUUACUUGGUCACCUAACGUGUCAUUAACGACCGGUUUGGAUAUAUCUCUUCAUUAACCAUGGGCAACGAGGGCGCUCUCGGGGAGCAUUUCAAGCUGGGAAACCGCCGUGAAGGCCGUAGAGAAAAUUGCCGUGACAAGAACGUGUCAAGUUCGCGUUUCGCGUCCUUCGGAGAUCGAGCACGAGGAUCGGACGGACGUUUCUCGGGUCGGCGAUGAGAGCUCGAGAGGCGAUCGGGCGUUUUCGGUCGGGCCGGCCGGCUUCGGGGUCUCUCCAAGUGGCGGUGAAAGUCGUCGAGUUACCGGACGACGACGGAGGAGGAGUUCAGGGUCGUUCCAAUUGCGAGGAACGGAGGGCUCGCUGUCACGAUUCUACGAACGGCUGGCCGUUACACGGAUGGAAUGCGUGACGUCUUCUUGUAUUGGCGUGCGUUGUAUAUUAUGUCAGUGCCACAAAGGACGCGACUCCUGUCGCGCGCUAGAGACGAGCCUGGACGUUCGCGCGGGAUGCACGUUGCAUCGCCGGACGACGGGACGAGAAGGACGAGAAGGUCCUCUCGUUCAAGUGCUAGCUAUAUAGUUGAAUAUGAUAUUACUUAAUCGUCAAGAAAAUUAUUUUCGUUGCGAGCGUGGGAAGACGGCCCGAUGCAGAAGGAUAUUUUUAAUAAAAGAUUUUCCGCGAUUUUCUCCCGAUAUUCUUCGACAGGUGGAAUCGGCGAAAUAUAUUAUCACGCGGUAUAACGUUGCUUCGGUUUAUGAAGUUAUGAAAUAUACAUCGAAUAUGCUAAGGAGACAGCUUGAGAACGAAUUUCGGGGGGGGGGGGGGGCAGGUUCCAUUGCGCGCAAAAAAUAUUCCAACUGCGAAACGAGAAAGCGGAAUAUUGACUGCGGCGUAUUUGUUUUUCUUCUUUUUGAGCGUUCGAUUUAAUCUCCGAUUCAUUAAACGUAGCAAUAAUCCAAAGUGCCUUCGUGAAAAAAAGAGAAGAGUGGAGAAAGAUAUUUUCGGAAAUAUACCCUUCGAUUUCAGUAUUAGAGCGCGCGUGCGCGUGCGCACGCAUAUCUAUAUAAUAUCAAGAUUUUUUUAUUCACACACACCCACACAUUGCGAUACGCAACAUAGGAUUUAUAUUAUACAACUAGAAUUAUCUUUACAGUAAACUUGAAAAUGUCAUAAAAGCUCGUACCUGUAAAAUUGUCGUCGAAAGUUAUGAAGUUUCCAUUUACAGCGUCACAUCUUCUCUUGCCAUUGUUAUUUCAUAGAUAACGUUUUCCAAUAGUCAAAGAUACUACGAUUACAGAUUCAAACAGCAUUGAAAUCAUGCUGGAGUGAUAAACUAUCGAAACAGUUGGUGAUAAAAUCUCUUCGUGUCGUUCUAAGAUAAACGGGCAUCCAUACAUCGUGACAGCAUUGAUAGCCGCGUAUUAAAGAGCGAGAGAAAGAGAGACAGAGGAGGCACACGCGACCUGCCGUUAAGGGGAUCC